CCCUGAAGCCGUGCUCUCUUUCGCUCUUAUCCUCCCCCUUUCACGUACUCACUCGUAUGAUGUAUGUUGCAGAAGGAAGGGGCUUGAUGCAACAAUCUCGAUAAGGGCUGAGUUUUGCCACACGCACACACACGCAGCUUACAUUGCUUGAAAGAUGGACAGGGGAGCGUUCUUGAUUCGAGGGUCUUUUUGUUUUUUGUUUUUUGGUUCUCUCUCUCUCUCUCUCCUCAAUCAUGAUCCACUGGGAGAGGAUCCCCUAAUUGGUGGGCGUCUGCAUCAUCGGAUCAUCAUGCAUAUGGAAGUAGGCUCGGCAACUUGGUCCAAGUUUUCAACCUUUUUCAAACCAGCUAUUUGCUGUCAGCGAAAUGGCGGUACCGCUAACGGAAAGCUUACAACGCAAAACAAACGAUAACCUUUAACAGUGAUGCUGUUGCAGUAUACUACAGCAAAUGGGAUAUCUCACUAGUAUGCA